UUUGUAGCUUCAGAUCCUACAGUUAAAACUGAUCGGUUGUGGCAUGACAAAUACACUUUGAGGAAAUCAAUGAUCCCUUCUUUCAUUACAAUGGAGCAAUCAAAAAAGGUCCUCCUAAUAGGAAAAUCCAUAAACUUCUUGCAUCAAGUUUGUCAUGACCAAACUCCAUCCACAAAGAUGAUUGCUGUGGCAAAAUCUACAGAGUCUUCAAAAGAUGCUGCUGAUUUGUUCACUGAUCUGGAAAAUGCAUUUCAAGAGAAAAUUGAUGCAGCUUAUUUUGAGACCAGCAAAUACCUGCUGGAUGUUCUCAAUAAGAAGUACAAUUUACUGGAACACAUGCAGGCCAUGAGGCGCUACUUACUACUUGGUCAAGGAGACUUUAUCAGGCAUUUAAUGGACUUGCUCAAGCCAGAGCUUGCACGACCAGCUACAACCUUAUAUCAGCAUAAUCUAACUGGAAUCCUUGAAACAGCAGUGAGGGCAACCAAUGCCCAGUUUGAUAAUCCUGAGAUUCUCAAACGAUUGGAUGUUCGACUUCUGGAGGUAUCUCCUGGGGACACUGGAUGGGAUGUCUUCAGCUUGGACUAUCAUGUUGAUGGACCAAUCGCAACAGUAUUUACACGUGAGUGCAUGAGCCAUUAUCUAAGAGUAUUUAAUUUCCUUUGGAGAGCGAAGCGAAUGGAGUAUAUUCUUACUGAUAUAUGGAAAGGGCACAUGUGCAAUGCAAAGCUUCUGAAAAGUAUACCAGAGCUUUCUGGGGUGCUGCAUCAGUGUCACGUUCUGGCAUCAGAAAUGGUCCAUUUCAUUCAUCAAAUGCAGUAUUACAUUACAUUUGAGGUGCUUGAGUGUUCGUGGGAUGAACUCUGGAACAAGGUCCAACAAGCACAGGACUUGGAUCACAUCAUUGCAGCUCAUGAAGUUUUUCUAGACACAAUCAUAGCUCGGUGCUUGCUGGAUAGCGAUUCCAGGGUACUUCUCAACCAGCUUCGAGCUGUUUUUGAUCAGAUCAUUGAGCUCCAGAAUGCCCAAGAUGCAAUGUACAGAGCUGCUUUGGAGGAGUUGCAGCUGAGGUUGCAAUUUGAAGAGAGGAAAAAACAGCGUGAGCUUGAGGGCAAGUGGGGUGUAACUGCAUCAGAAGAUGAAGAAGAGAGCAAGAGGAUGAAAGAAUUUCAAGACUCAAUACCCAAAAUGUGCUCACAGCUGAGGAUACUCACUCACUUUUACCAG